AUGGUUGAUGAUCCCCCUCCCUACCCUCCUGCCCCAGCCCCGGCGCCUCCAGCCCCGGCGCCCUCAGCCCCGGCACUUCCAGCCCAGGUGCCCCCACUGCCUCUAGCUUCAGGCACCGGGGCAAUGGGACCGCCUCCGGGACCAGCCCAGGGAACUCAACGCCGCCGAGGGGCCGUAGUGGACCCGCCGGGUAUUUUUACCCUCCGAUCUUAUGGGGCCCCCAUCCUAGGAGAGGAAGGGGACCCGCCUUUCCAACCUCUGCAAUAUUGGCCAUUCUCCUCUGCUGAUUUAUACAACUGGAAAGCUAACCACCCUCCUUUUUCAGAAGAACCGCAGAAACUAACUGGACUGAUAGAGUCCCUAAUGUUUUCUCACCAGCCCACUUGGGAUGACUGUCAGCAGCUUUUACAGGUGCUCUUCACCACGGAAGAAAGAGAAAGGAUCCUCCUGGAAGCACGAAAGAACGUGCCUGGAGCUGACGGACGACCAUCACAACUCCCUCAUGAUAUAGAGAGGGGGUUCCCACUGACCAGACCCAACUGGGACUUUAAUUCCCCAGAAGGUAGGGAGCGACUAACCAUCUAUCGCCAGGCUCUGGUGGCGGGUCUUCGCGGGGCCGUGAGGCGCCCCACCAAUUUGGCCAAGGUAAGAGAGGUCAGUCAGGGAGCCACUGAGGCGCCUGCAGUGUUCUUAGAACGCCUGAUGGAAGCCUUCAGGCGGUAUACUCCCUUUGACCCCACUUCCGAGGAGCACAGUGCCUCAGUGGCUCUUGCUUUUAUUGGGCAAUCAGCACCCGAUAUUAGAAAGAAGCUUCAGAGAUUGGAAGGCUUCCAAGAUUUGUCGCUGAGAGAUUUAGUGAAAGAAGCUGAGAAAGUUUAUCAUAAGAGAGAGACUGAGGAAGAAAAGGAACUGAGGAAGGAGAAGGAAAGAGAAAGUAAAGAGGAAAAAAGGGAUAGGAAAUAUGAGAAAAAUUUAACAAGGAUCUUGGCCGCAGUGGUAGAAGGAAAGGGACGCCCGCCCUCUAGCGGCAGAACUAGUAAGGCAGGACACCUGGGCAACCGGCCUCCUUUGGAUAAAGAUCAAUGUGCAUAUUGCAAGGAAAAAGGGCACUGGGUAAAAGAAUGCCCUAAAAAGCCACUAAAAAAGCCUCCGAAGAAGGUGUUGUCCCUGCUGGAAGACGAGGAUUAG